GGCACCUCAUCCUGUUUUUGUUGUCUUCUCACAAGAGGUAAAAAACACCGAGUUUUAAAGCGUCACAUUUUGGGAUAAACGCGAUGGCUGACAGCUGAAACCUGCCGACUGAACACACCGAGUUUACAGGUAACAUGAUGGAGGUGGCAGGUCCCUGGACAGAAGUUUUCGAGGGCUCGGAGAGGAAGGAGAGACGUCAGGGAGCAGUGGGGAGCUCCACGCUGACUCUGGCUCCUCUGGUGGCCGAUGCUCCGUCCGUACGGCGCUCCCAGCCCAUCCUCAUCACUGUGAACAGGGGAAAAGGCGUGGACUCGUUUUCUUCCUCCGUCCCGUCGAUACCGAACCCUUUUCCAGAGCUGUGCAGCCCCUCCAAGUCUCCAGUGCUCACCGGUUCAUUUCCACCACCGUCGACUAACAAACAUCUGAUAAAGGUGUACGGCGAGGACAGCCACAGCAGGUCGGUGUGGGUGACGCGAGCAGCCACAGCCCGAGAGGUGUGCCACAUGUUGGUCCAGACGGCUCACUGCAGCGAUCAGGAGAACUGGGCUCUGCUGGAGCUCCAUCCCACCCUGGGCCUGGAGAGGUGUCUAGAGGACCACGAGGUCGUGCUGGAGGUUCAGGCGACGUGGUCUCUCAAAGGCGACACGAGAUUCGUUUUCUGCAAGAACUACGCCAAGUACGAGUUCUUCAGGAAACCGAUGCUCUUCUUCCCGGAGUCCAUGAUCUCCGACAGCGCCGAUGUCAGCAGGGGGAUGACAUCAUCACAGCUCAUUCAGAACCUGCUGAAGUCCGGGACGUGUCCGGAGAUUCAGGGUUUCCUGCAGGUCAAAGAGUCCAGCCGCAAAUCCUGGAAGAAGGUCUACUUUUUCCUCCGCCGCUCCGGACUCUACUGCUCCACCAAAGGCUCCUCCAAGGAGCCUCGACACCUGCAGUAUGUGGCUGAUCUGGACGAUCUGAACGUGUACACUGUGGUGAACAGCCGAAAACUGUACGGAGCGCCUGCAGACUUCACCUUCUGCAUCAAGCCUUCUAGGAAUCCCGUCCGUGUUCAGGACCUGAAGAUCCUGUGUGCUGAGAGCGAACAGAUACGAACGUGUUGGACGUCGUCUUUCAGACUGUUUAAGUACGGGAAGCAGCUCCAGUGCAACUAUCAACUUUCCAAAUCGGCCCCUCGGAGCCUCGAAGGAUCCAAACUCAGCGACGGCAAAUCGGAGGCGGAGGCCAGCCUCGUGGCCAUGGACUUCUCGGGGAAGGCUGGCGGACGGGUCAUCCAGAACCCGACGGAGGCCCAGAGCGCCGAGAGGGAGGAGGGGCAAGCCUGGAGGCGGAGAGAAGCCCUGAGGUGCAGUCUGCCCAGCCUGACCUCUGGAGCGAGGCCGUCCUCCAUCCACAAGUCCCAGCCGUGGUUUCAUGGCGGCGUGUCCAGAAAAGACGCUCAGAGACUGAUAGAGAAGCAGGGCCUGGUGGACGGGAUGUUUCUGAUCCGUGAGAGCCAGCAGCACGCCCAGUGCUUCGUCCUCUCGCUGUGUUACAAGCUGCAGACCAAACAUUACCUGGUGAUCCCAUGUGAGGAGGGCGGCAGGAAGUACUUCACCAUGGACGACGGCCUGACGCUCUUCAUCGACCUCCUGCAGCUCGUCGACUUCCACCAGAUCAACAAGGGCAUCCUCCCCGUCUGCCUCAAGCACCCCUGCGUCUGUGUGGCACUGUGAGUCCUGCCCCCCCUCCGCUGGGCUCCGAAUCACACCUCCAGCUCUGAGUCAUCAGGUAUUGAUAUCUGUGCAGCACAAAGAGCAAUUAUCCGUGUGAUUCAGUGUCAGAGCGCACGCAGAGAGAUAACCUUAUCAGAGCUGUAAGACGUGGACUCCGGAGGGGUGUUGGAGCAUAUUGUCCGGCCCUCCUCCCUGUAGUAUUUUUAAUUCUUCCACUGCAGACAGUAGUUG